AUGUCACUGGAGGGGCAACGAUGCCUGUGCGUCGUUGUUCUACUCAUACACACAGUGACCGGAGCUGGAGAAGGAAAUUCAUCAUCUCCGGUCCCAUCAACCUCGACAUUGAAAGCAGAGCAAAAUGAGCUUACGGUCACGUUCCCGCCACUAGACGAGUUCUACGGCAAUGCUCCAGAAAAACACUUUGGGACCGAGAACAACACAAUAGUUACAUCGCAAACCGGAUCCACGGCACUCCUGCCCUGUGUCAUCAGGAAUAUCGGUGACGGUAUAGUAUCUUGGAUAAGAAGAAAAGACUACCACCUUCUUACUGUUGGCCUAACUACUUACAGUUCCGAUCAGCGAUUUCAAGCGAUUCAUUUACAACAUUCAGAGGAUUGGACGUUGAAAGUGAAAUUUGUACAGAAGCGUGAUGCGGGCGUGUACGAAUGUCAAGUAUCGUCCCAUCCACCAACUAGUAUCUUUCUCCAACUGGACGUCGUUGAGGCCCGUGCCCAAAUAUCGGGGCCCAACGAGAGGCAUGUCGAGCCGGGAUCGACACUCCGUUUGCAGUGCUCCGUUGUUCACACUACGGAAGCACCGGCGUUUGUUUUCUGGUAUCACAACAGUCGGAUGAUCAACUACGAUGUAGAGCGUGGCGUCAACGUCACUACAGACCCAGCGCAACGACUAUCCGAUCUUUAUAUACCAGUUGCUACUAUAUCACACGAUGGCAAUUAUACCUGCGUGCCAAAUAAUGCCGUGCCAGCGAGUAUAUACGUCCAUGUCGUCAACGGUGAAAACACCGCGGCGAUGCAAUCCUCAUCGCCUAAUUUCAACUCUGGUUUGACCUUCAAAGGAAUGAUAUUCGUUACUAUGGGGAAGAACAUG